AUAAGAGGUUCUCGCGAUAAAACGCACGCUCACAAGGAAUUCUGGGAAAUUUGAAAGAUGGCGGAUGAGGUGGACCAGCAACAGACUGCCAACACUGUUGAGGAGCCUUUGGAUCUCAUCAGGCUUAGUCUUGAUGAGCGUAUCUAUGUGAAAAUGCGCAAUGACAGAGAGCUAAGAGGAAGGCUACACGCAUAUGAUCAGCAUUUAAACAUGAUACUGGGAGAUGUUGAAGAAACAGUAACCACGGUAGAAAUUGACGAAGAAACUUAUGAAGAAAUUUACAAAUCCACAAAGAGGAACAUCCCAAUGCUGUUUGUUCGGGGAGAUGGUGUAGUUUUGGUUGCUCCUCCACUCAGAGUUGGUUAGACUCCAUGAGUUCUGAAGGAGAAUGCACUUAAGAUGCAACAUAAGAGAGAUUUUUGAUUUGGACUGUUUACCAAUGGAGUUACGUAAUUUUAUAAAGAAAUCUAAGUUAAAAAGGAGACUUAGUCCAGCUCGUCAGUUUUGAUGUAAAAUACCUUCUUGCUAGCUUAAGAAAUUUGCAUUUUUUGUAUUGUAACUAGAAUCUGUAAAGAUUUUUUUUUCUCAUUAAAAAAAGAAAAUAA